GUUUAUCAAGCGUUAUCAAGGGCUUCAUGUAUAGUAGUCAGUUUUUCACCUGUUUUCAGGUAAGUUGAGACAAAAUGAACGUCUACCAUACCUGUAUCGCGACAGUUUUCAUCGUUCUGGUAGCCGGAAUUUUACCCAACAUUCAAGCGGAAUGCGAAGACUACAGUCCGUGCGCUUGUGGCCAAGAUGCUGAUGGCAAUUUGUACGUCAAUUGUAUCGAUGUUAUGCCCUUAGAUAUUCAAGCUGCUUUCAGUAGAACGACUGCACUCGACAUCUACAGCUUAGUUAUUAUUCUUCCAGCUGCAGGAGGAACUAUUCCGGCUGACCUAUUGGCUGGUAAACGUGCCUUAAUCAUGGAUUUGCUUGGCACGAGUAGAGAUUCUUUUCAGCUGAUCAUGGAUCCUGCUGCGAUUCGAUCAUCCAGUAGUUACACCAAACAGUUGGUCAUCUCUAAAUGCGAUUUAAGUCUCCUCAAUUUUGAUUUCCUGAGGGGAUUUACGAGGUUAGAAGAACUCCGUUUAGACACUACUUCGAACGUCAAACCCAUUGAAAAUCUUCCUCCUUUAACAAGUCUGGUGGGACUAGCGAUCGAUAAUAGCCAAGGGUUUGACGAUUUGAUUAAUUUCCCAGCGAGAGCAUUUUCCAGUCUUGAUCAUCUCUACUUUUACAACGACGGGUUAAGUGACCAGGCUGUUGACAUUGUUUUGAACGCGUUUGUUUCCAGUACAUCUGCCAGUACUUUAACCACGUUGACAUUAUCAAAAAAUCAAAUCACUAGAGUCCCCUCGCAGAUCGUUUCACUACCAAAUGUCAUCAAUUUCGCCUUGACUAACAACAACAUUUCAAUGGUCAACACUGGCGCACUUUCUCUCACUGCCCCCCAAAAAAUUUACCUAAAUAAUGUAUCACUGGAUACCAUUGAACCCAACGCAUUUCAAGGCGAUUACAGUUAUGCAGAAAUCGAUUUGAGCAACAACAACCUGGUAUCAUUUGAUUACUCAGUUUUCCAGCCAGUUUUGACACAGAUGGCUGGCAUUGCUAAUUCCACUGGAUCAGUCUUCCUGGCAAACAAUCCAUUCUCCUGUGACUGUGGGCUUGCAUGGCUUAUUCGUGAUAAUCCAAACCUCCUGAAAGCUACAACUGGAGGUACUUGUGCUAAUUCAACCAGUUUUGAAGACUUGAAUCCUGGUGGAUACAUCAAUUGUUAAAUAUGUUUUGAAUUCCAUAAUUAAUUCAAUCUUAUAAUUAGUGAAAUAUUGAAUACAUACUGAAUUAGGAGA